UUCGCGGCACGUGCGGGCGUGCCGCUUUUACCAAUCCGUUGACGGGCGGGGGGGGUGUUUUGCGCCUCUUUUCAUGCUAUCGAUGUUAGAUGUUAUUAUACGUUUUUCAUGUUGUAAGCCACAUGUGUAUUCUGUCGCCUAACAAAGCCGCCGCGCGUCUUUUGUAGUUGAUUGGCGGGAGAGUGCGUGGCACGUGCAUUCAGUUCUUCAGUCGCUUGGCUCGGGAUACCGUCAGUAAAUGUAAAGUGGCCGAGGCAAACGUCUUCAUCUGUGGCGUGACACGUUCAGCCCAAGGGCCUUCAUUUACAUUUCUCGGUGAGGGCUGAACGCGAGGCUGCGUAAGAAAAGCAACCUGAUUGCAUUUUGCAAAUCAUAACGGCAGUGGCUCCUUUAACCGAACUUUAUGCGUCUGUAACCUUCGGUCCGCUUCGGCCUUUUGGUUUCUUAGCGCUAUUAUUGAUCGCUAAAUAUUUGUUGCCACCUACUGGUCACAGGGACGGGACAGAUAGGCUUGUCGGAGUCGUUAUCAAGAAUACACUCCAUGCCAUACGAUUAUUUGUUGGGGAUAUUUAGCAGUGAAGUGCGCCCUGUAAAGAAAAGAAGGCUAAAAGGGCUCGAGAUAUUCCUUGAAGUCGCGAGCGUGGCCCGUUUCCGCAAGCGACGCGCUCUGCGCGACUGUUUUCCUCUUCCUGUUUGUCAGCGGAGCUUUAAAAAAACAAAAAGGCAUUGCAUGUUUUCAAAGGGUGAUCACCAGUCAUUGGCAUUAACCUGAAGAAAAGACCCCCAAUAAUGUGGCCUGAUCGUGACAUUCUGGGCAACAUUCUAAUCACACUAAAAACAGAAUGGCAGAAGUGAACAGGCUGCCAGGAGACAAACUGACAGUAGGGGCCCAGAUUUGUGCAAACUCUGCAAUUAAAAACCUCUCCUGUGAUGUGCCAGGAAGGCUCUCAGGUUCUGGAGGCACUGAAAGUAAUUUCAGAGCAGACAGAGCUGUCGGGGGGCAUCAGAUUAUGGCCUCUUCUAACCUGCCCGGCGUUGAUAAUGCUGAGACGUUAAAAGCUCAAGGUCGGGGGGAUCCAGCCAUGCGAGACGAGAGCUACCCAUCCUCCCUCCGGUCUAGCUCCACCUGCACAUCCUACAGCCUUGAGAUCAGCUUGUCUGCCAACAGCAGUAACAGCAAAGACUCACAACCACUGCCGCUACAGACUCCUCCAGGGAGCAGAGAUAACCAGGUUAUAUGGACAAACCCCCACAAUCCCCUGGCUCCUCAUUCGGGUGAAAGGAAUGCUUCAGUAACACGUUCGUACAAACCUUCAGCUUCCAAACCACUGGAAAAAAGGGACCAACCUACAGACUCGACCUCUGCUCAUUUCAAUCAGUGCCUAGACAUGUUCGGCAACUGUCAGAUCGUAACGUCCAAAAGCACAAGCCAAGAACACAGCCUGGAGAAGAGCUUUUCAUCAUUCCCUAGGAGCACUGCAAAAGUGGGAGCACACCCCGUGUCACCGGAGCUGAACACGGAGCUGAUGGAUGGAUUUAGCAAGGAGAAGACUCUUACAGGGGAGGAGGCUCUGUUUUAUGCCUUUGUGAUCCUACAUGCCCCAGAAGACACAGAUGAAGCUGUCAGAAUCAAGGCAAGGUUGGAGGCCAUCUCCUCAACAACAGGGGCCACCUUCUCUGAGGAGUUCGCCGAGCCCGGCCGUUCCGUCUUCCGAUGCAUGCAGGACGCCAUAGACAACUCUGCCUUCAGUAUGCUGCUGCUCACGCAAAACUUCAACACUCGUCUGAACGAGACAAAUGUCGAUUCGGCACUCAUGAACUCCGUUGAGAAGGUCCACAAGUACAACACCGUCAUCCCACUGCUUCCGCAGACCAACGCUCUGACCCACGACAAGUUGCCGCUGGUACUGAAAACUAAAAUCAGUCUGGAUGAGAGAAAGAGCAAAAACUUUGAAACGAUGGCUAAAAAGGUCUUGAACUCAAAAAAGAUACAAACCCAGAAGGAGAAAUGGAGACAGGAACUGCAUGUCAAGAAACAACAGGAAUACCAACAAAGGCUUCGUGAGGAGAAUAGGCACUGUAGAGAUUUGAAUCGAGAGCAUAGGAAGGUCCAGGAGUUAGAGCAGGAGAGAAUGAACCUGCUGAGGCAAAAGCGAUGUUCGCCGGGUCCGUACUAUCCGCAGCCUUUCUCGGAUCAGGGCUAUUUUCGUGGAGCGCAGCCUCAUGGUCCAGGGCCCUACCAGCGGCCAUGUACCAUUCCCUCAUAUGCCAGUGAGCCAUCAUCUAACAUUCACAUCGAGAAUGCAAAGUACAUCAUAAUUGGGAAUGAUGCAAAAAUGACUAUGGGAGGUGCUGGAAACACCUCCGGGGAGGAAGACAUGUAGCAGUACACAGCAUAGUUCAUCCCAUUUUAGUAAAUAAGACAAAAAACAAAUGGCUGCUAGUCAUUCUAAGUCACUAUAUAUGUUCACAUUUGGGUUUUUGGAAUAUUAAUUAUAUCAAGAUGAAAAUGGUGAAUGGGUUUGAAAAUUAAUUGAAUCAGCAAUAAAAAGAUUUUGUAUGUGCCCUGUGUUUUUAAGUGAAAUGCACUUUUAGUUUUGUUAAUAAAAGCUCUUAUGUUGGUAAAUAUUCCACAUCUUCCAAAUGCAAAGUCAUCCUAAAUUGUCAGACUGGUUAAACCAGCUGCGUGGUUUAGUAGCUUCCACCCUAUUAGUUUUGCAAAAGGAUUGUAAUAGAAAGAUCAUUUUUAAAUGGUAGAGUGAGUAUUGUAGAGGAAACACUUUCUCUCUCUCUCAAAUUUAGGACGAUCUUACCCUCUUAACAAGGGCUGGUUCAGUACCUUUCCCCACCCCAUUAGAGUCAGUUAUAUUUUCCAGGCAAGUUUAUGGAAUUUCUCUUGCUACAUUCAUUGCCGGUUUAAUAUAAAUUAUAAGUAAACGCUACGUACAUAGCUAGCGAAAUUAAAUGGAUCGUGACAAAGGCCUGCGUUUGGUUUUAAAAAACAACAACUCAGAGUUCAGGUGAAACAUCGCGUGCAGGGAUGGUGAGUUGGUAGGAAAACGAGAAUUAAAGGAACCUUUUCCCGAACAGUCCGGAAGAGUGUGUGCAGGGGUGUAACUUGAUCACGGGAAAAUGUAAUGAUUGGCGCUCACUGCCACUCUUAAGAUCCGAGAACAGAGAUAAGAGGCAUUCAGUUGUUCUUGAGGUGACUACUUUGCUGUACUAUCUUUAAAGGUG